AUGCCAGAACAAGAACCAGAUGGCGAUACAAGCAGAGAAAUAAGUCUGCUCAAGGCUGAACUGACGCUUCUUAGAGCAAACAUGAAGAAGAUGGAGAAGGAAAAUGAUAUAUUACGCGAUGAAAAGAGAAGAUUCGUGUUGGAUAAGUUUGAACUAGAGCAGGAGCUAAAGAAAAAGAUCACCCUACAGCUAAAAGAGGACAAAAUAGCAGAAAAUCAAAAAAAGAUGCUAAAAGCAAACACGAUAUGCACCAAGGACAGCGAUGAAAUAUCCUCAAGAUUUAUUUUAUGGCAGGCUAUUAACUGUUCUGACUUUAAUUCGGAUGAUAGUCUCCAAAAGUUUAAAUUCUUCAGAGACUAUUUUUUUGAUGACUUCUUUUCAAUACCUGAUGACAAUGCACUUAAGGUAGUUGAACACUACUUCAAGCACCACACGAGAUUAUUUUUCGAAGCAUAUGCCUUAUUUAGCUGCAAGAAAUCCGUGUUCCAGCAGUUUUCCCAAUACAUCUUCGAAAACAAUUCGUUUGUGCAGCAAAAAGUUGAAAUUCUGGAGUGUGUGCCUCCAGAAUGGACCUUGGAUCUGCUAGAAACAAGUCUGAAAAGAUUUUUGGUGCUGAAUAAGAAAAGGCUUUUGCACUUUAUCAGGAAUAUCGCUGAAAAAUGCCCGUCAUACCUCAUCAAAGUAUUCUCAAAGCAGGACUUUAACGAUGUGCUGCUCCAUGAAUCACCCAUUGGAUACAAGAUUAUAAGCAGCAUAGCAACCCAGAAAAUCAGUGGUCUUGUUGAUGAAACCAAUCUGCACUUAGUACCCAAGCCAUUCCUUGAAAUAUUAUUUGAUGACCAAUACAUAGACAUUAUUUCAUAG